AUGGUUCUAUUUUAUUUUGCUGGACAUGGGAUACAAUGGGAAGAUCAAAAUUAUUUGAUACCAAAAGACACUCCAACUUUGAAUGGUGCAGCUUUAAACAAGAGUGCAAUCAAUGCACAACAUAUUCUUGACAGUUUAAGUGAUCACAAUCCAUAUGUAACAAUAUUCCUUUUGGAUUGUUGUAGAAAGUAUCACUUACGUAAUCCUGAGGUAGACGCACGUAAUCCAGAUGUAAGUGGUUCAAAAUCAGUAGGCCUCAAGGCAAUGCACAAGGCUGGUUCAUUGAUUGCAUUUGCUUGCGCGCCUGGAACUAUAGCCAUUGAAGGAAAAGGACAGAGAAAUGGUUUAUUUACAACACAUCUUUUAAAACAUAUUACAACUGAGAAUGAAGACAUCCAAAUGAUAUUACGUGAUGUUGCCAAAGGAGUAACACAGGAAUCAAAAUCAAAACAAAUUCCGUUUGUGAGUGCUUCAUUAUUAGAGAGGGAUAUAUAUUUAUAUAGUCAACAAACAAAGCGACCACAUAAACCAGGUAAAUAUGCUAGCAAAUUCUACUGCUCUUGCUUAAGUGAAUCAAAAGAUUGCCAUAACAAUUUUACCAUCGAAUCAUCUUUGUUUCUAACUAUUUAAAAAAUAACACAUGAGACAUUGUCAGCAUUCGAAUUGUUUUUCGACGUAACCGGAGACAAAUGUUAUAAAGAACAUCACCAAAAUAAACAGAGAACUUGGGUUCUUCCCUAGUCUCAAUCUUUAUAAUGCUUGCAAUUUUCAUAGUCUGGCGUGGUUAUUUCUUAAUUACGAAGGAAACUCUUCAAACGUUCCAUCACUUUGGAGCUCAUCUGUUGGACAUAUAUAGAGGUUCACUGGCAUAUUCUAACGCUAAAAGAAUAUAUGCAUAUAGUCUUCCGAACAAACCAUAUCUCAUUUUUAAAUCACAUUUGUUCGAACUGGUAUUUUUAUCAGGUGCAGUAGAUAUUAGAAUUUGAUUACGGCAGAAGUUUGAGCAUUAGCGUUAAUUGACUCGCGAAGACGUUGAGUUUAGAACAACCAGUCGGAAAUCUGAUGCACCCCUAAGGAUACUACCAAACGAAUCAAGCUCUAAAUGCGUUGACAUUUUUAGUGAUUUUGGCUCUGAUGAUUCUUUUUCCAUCGAAAAGCUGAUUCCAAGAAAAGCACGAAACAUUGCGAAACAUAAUAUUCUGUAUAAUAUCUGGGUCAUACUUGAAAUCAGACUGACCAGUUACGAGUCCGGCAUGGUUGAAAUUUUAAAGCCAACCGUUUUUCACGGAUCUUUUAUUGAUUUUCGUUUGGACACUAAAGCUGGCCUAUUGCACUCAUUUUUAACAAUUUCCAUAGUUUUAAUGAUCAAAAGAUAAGAGCCUGGCAGUCUUCGACUGACAAAUUUUCAGUCGUUGUCAAAACUCCAGCUCUGAAUCGUGACUUAAGACUUUCUCAUCGUAGAAUGAAAGCAGCGGAUCAUGCUCAAUAAAACUUGGCUCACAAAAAUUUAGCCAAGUGUUACAAGUUAAUUUUGGCCUAAACUAACAACUUUUCAUCUCGAAAUAUGGAGCUCAUUAUUCUGAACUCUUUCUCACCGACUCUCAUAAAAGCCCAAUAGCUAGUAGUUUUCAAUUCAUGAUGUC